UCGUCCCUGAAUGAUGACGUUGAUGUCACAUGGCCGGCUUGAAACUGAAAGUAAAAAUAGGCUGACAACAUAACAUUUUGAUUACAACGAUGAUGCCAUUGAAUCUGUUGUGCACGAUAACUGCUGCGCACAUUUGCAUCAUAAGUGCAGCCAAACCGAACUUCAUUCUAAUGCUCAUGGACGAUAUGGGAUGGGGUGACCUUGGUGUAUUUGGAGAACCAAACAAGGAGACACCAUUCCUGGACCAAAUGGCAACUGAAGGCAUGCUAUUUCCCGAUUUUUACUCGGCAAAUCCAUUAUGUUCACCAUCCAGGGCUGCCUUAUUGACGGGGCGCUUGCCUAUAAGGAAUGGAUUCUACACUACAAAUGAUCAUGCUCGCAAUGCAUACACACCCCAGAACAUAGUUGGAGGAAUACCAGAUGAAGAAAUUUUGCUUCCAGAACUUCUUCAUAAAGCAGGGUAUCAGAACAAACUGGUUGGAAAAUGGCACUUGGGACAUCAAACACAGUAUUUGCCGCUGAAACAUGGUUUUGACGAAUGGUUUGGAGCACCUAACUGUCAUUUUGGACCCUAUGACAACAUUCACACACCUAACAUACCUAUUUACAGGGACUCUGAGAUGGCAGGAAGAUAUUACCAAGAUUUUAAGAUUGAAAAGAAUGGAGAAUCCAAUUUAACUCAGCUUUACAUGCAGGAGGCAAUAGAAUUCAUUACCAGGAUGCACAACAAGUCCAAGCCAUUUUUCCUGUACUGGGCAGUAGAUGCAACCCAUGAGCCACUGUAUGCCUCAAAGUCUUUUCUGGGAACCAGUAAAAGAGGGUUAUAUGGAGAUGUAGUAAGAGAAUUGGACUUUGCAGUGGGGAAAAUUCUUACCACUCUGAAGAAUCUUAAAAUAGACAACAAUACGCUUGUAUUUUUCUCCUCAGACAAUGGUGGUGCCACAUAUGCCAAGGAACAUGGGGGCAGCAAUGGACCAUUUCUAUGUGGAAAAGAAACAACUUUUGAGGGAGGAAUGAGGGAGCCCACUAUUGCGUGGUGGCCAGGUCACAUCAAACAAGGACAGGUUUCCCACCAAGUAGGCUCUUUAAUGGAUCUGUACUCAACAUUCAUUGACUUCGCAGGGAUUGAAAAACCAGCAGACCGUGUCAUUGAUGGAAUCAGUCUGAGAGUUUCACUGCUUAAUCACACCGAGGAACAGAGACCAUUAUUUUAUUACCGAGGAAAUCAACUUAUGGCUGUCAGAGUGGGUAGCUAUAAAGCACAUUUGUGGACAUGGACAAACUCCAUCAAAGAGUUUAAACAGGGUGUGAAUUUUUGUCCAGGACAAGAAAUAAGUGGUGUGACAACACACAACCAAACAGACCACACCUCCAAGCCUCUCUUGUUUCACAUCGGAAGAGAUCCAGGGGAAAAAUACCCAAUCAGUGCCAUUAGUCCUGAAUACAAGAAUACAAUGCCACAGUUGAUGAAGGCGAUACAAAAACACAUCACAAAGCUGGUACCUGGCACUCCACAACUAAAUAUGUGUGACCAGGCUGUCAUGAACUGGGCUCCUGCUGGUUGCUCCAAAGGAAAGAAUAAAUGUUACAAAGGACCACCUUCAAAGCCUUUCAAGUGUUCUUGGCCACAUUGAUACUGUGUAUGCUGAAUUUAUGUAUGACAAUAACUUGUGGUGCUGAAGGUUCAUAUUUAUACACAUGUGACUUCACAACAUUCAGCAACUCUUGCAAGCUUCUUGUAUAGGGAGGUGGAAUUUGUAAAUAGGUUAGAAGAAUUGUGCAAGAUCAGGGAUCUUGACAAAACAUUCCAUUAUUACCUCACCUGGAAAAGGCUUUGGCCUGGUGAGGUUUCACCAUCACUUAGCAUCUGUCUGUCAUCAGCAUAGCCAUUCGAUUAAAUGAAGUUAGGGAGAGCUUGUGCUAUAUUCCAGGCAUCAGCAUCAAGAUUAAAGUUUAUAUGUCCUACCUAAAGCAAACAUGCUUGGAAGUUACACCCAAGGAUAAACUCAACUAUUCUAGCUUUUGAUCAAUAGGAUUAGGAGGCUGACCUGUGAUCAUUGUUUGGAGCACCAAGUUUUAAACUUGGUCACAUUUUAAGGUAUAAUGUAGAUCAAUACUAGCACUAUUAUGGGUUCAAAGUAGAAAAACUGUAUCAAUUUCCACUUAAUAUAGUUUGAUUUAAUCAAUAACCAAAGAAAAUAUAUAUGUUGCCACCUUUUUAAAGACUUCCUCUUUUGUAUAAUGACAUCAAACAAAGACCAUGUCAUCAUAUUGAUUGUCUUGUCCCAGUUAUGAUAGUUAUCACAUUUCGUUAUACAUCUACACAUUUCCAAUGCAUGGAGUUAAUCAACACUAUUUCAUAAUCUCAGGUCAAAGAGAUGAUACUUUGUAAGAUAGAAAAUGAUGACCAUAAGAAUUUUGGGAGAUUUUUUUUAAAGGUAAAAAAUUCUGUUGAUGUUUAUGUGGCUCAAAUUUUCACUGUCCUAAUUACUGUACUCACGGGGCUUGCAAUUACUUUGUGGCGUUAUCAAAUUUUGAUAUGGCUACCAUGAUUUUCAGUCAGCUAAAACUAAAUUUACUUUUCCAGAAUAGCUGCAUGUCAAGUCAUCAUACAAGGUGCAAAUGUAGUUCAUCUUGUAAUCCUUAGGAACUUUCCCAAAAUGGUUGCCAUGGCAUUUCAAGUCACCAUGUGUGGAAAUGUUGUGACAGUUGCUUUUCAAAGUGAUCUCAAUGUCAAUGUGACCAUCUUGUUUUUGAUUGGCUCAGACAACUAUCGUUUCUCUAGAAUACUGCAUUGCAUAUCGAAUUUCCUAUCAUUUGACUUAUAAAGUUAUCUGGUGUAGGUGAUUGAUUCAGGAUAUUGGGGAACUCUAGUCAUAAGUCGUCUCCUGGAGAGUAACGAGAUAGAAAUUCAAUUGUUCACCUGAGUCAAGUCAUGAAUGUACUUUCUCAUUAAAGAUUGUCUUUUAUCUGUCUGUUUGUCUUAGAAUUCUCUACUUCUGAACCACUGAACCAAUUCCAACAAAACUUGCACAGAGAGUAUAGGGGAUUUAAUGUAAAUAAAUGACCACUCCUUCCUAAUUAAGAACAUUUGAAAAUAGGAUGGAUUAUCUUGAACUCUUUUUUUUUAUCCAGAAUCACUGUGCCAUAAGUGGCAAAACAUUAGAUUAAAACUAUUUUCAUGUAAUUUACGUUAAUCUUUGUUCAAAAUAUGGUUCAUUAUGGUGUUGUAAUAAGGAUACAUACUUUUACAUUGGCCCUUUAUUGGAAAUCAUCUUCUGAUGAUCAAUAAAGCUGCAGUUUGUCAAAAUGACAAGCAAACAUUUUAGAUUUGUUCAUUCAACAAAUGAUUGGGCUAUGAUACACAUUUUUACACAAGGAAAUUAAUGAAAAAUAUUCAAAUUCAAAUGAAUCUCAUUGUGAUUUUGGCAAGAGAAUGCUAUUAAACAUCUUAGAUCAAAAUCAUGAAUUUCAUUUCCCCAGUGUAUGGCUCUUCUGGGUGAAGGAUGAAAACACGCAUAAUAGUGAAUACAUGUAUUAUUUAUGCACAUGAUAUGUACAUCUGUUGUAGCCAUAGCAACGUAUGCAAUUGAUUUUUAGCUUUGGGUUAAAUUUCAAAACUUUGCAAUGUAUUCAAUAGACCCAACUACUGUGUUCUUGUGAUUCAGUCUUUUAAGUUUUCAUUUUUGUUUUAGCUUUCUGAAAGAUCUUAAUUAUUCUGUGAUAAGAAAAUGUCUUGCACAAUAAAAUCAAAAAGGUUUUA